AUGGAUAUUAACGCUCAAGCUCACUUACUCCACUUAAGAAACUUCACUUAUUUUUCCUUCUUCUCCGAGCUGCAGCAGUCAGAUCAUGUUGCCACUGCUAUUGUCGAGACCCUGGCUAUCACCUUUGUCUUCCUGGUGUCCGUGGCAGCAAAUGCAGGAGCUGCAGCCCUGGUAACGUGGGAACGCAGACUGCUGGCCAACAAGACCAUCCUGACCCUCAACUUGUUUGUGGCCGACCUGCUGUUUGUCAGCAUGAUCCCACUGAUUGUGUCAGUGCGGUGGACUGUGUCCUGGACGCUGGGGUUUUCGGCCUGUCACACUGUGCUGUAUGUCAUCUGUAUGAGCGGCUGUGUCACCAUCACUACCCUGGCCUCCAUCAGUGUGGAGAGGGUCCAGGCAAUCCUUCGGCUGCAGGCUGUGCCCACUUUAAACCCCAGGAUGGUGACUGCCACCCUCUUCUUCAUCUGGGCCUUUUCUGCACUCACCUCCAUACCCCUCAGUCUGUUCUUCACUGUGAUGGAAGUGGAUUUCCCAGAGCAGAGCCGUGUACACAUUUGUACUCUCAAGUGGCCUGACACAACUGGAGAGAUUGUGUGGAAUGUGGCCUUCACUGCCCUGUGCUUCCUUCUCCCAGGAUUAAUAAUAGUGGUCAGUUACAGCAAAAUAUUACAGGACCGUCAUUUCAGUGACUUUGUGGAUAAACAAACCAAAUAUACCACCAAAUGCAUGAUUACCGCUCCUGUCAUGAGUGGAAAGGAACCCAUCGGUGUCAUCAUGGCUCUCAACAAACAAGGUGCUGAUGAAUUCUCAAAGACUGAUCAGGAGCUCUUCAAUAAAUAUGUCAACUUUGCUAUGGUGGUCACUCUCCAAGCUCACACCUCUUACAUGUGGGAUGUAGAGUCCAGGAGAAGCCAGGUGUUGCUGUGGUCAGCCAGCAAAGUUUUUGAAGAGUUGACGGAUAUUGAGAGGCAGUUUCACAAAGCUUUAUACACAGUGAGGACAUAUAUCAAGUGUGAGAGAUACUCUGUGGGACUCCUCGACAUGACCAAAGAAAAGGAAUUCUACGAUGAGUGGUCAAUCAAACUAGGAGAGCAGGAGCCAUACAAAGGCCCCAAGACACCUGAUGGCAGAGAAAUCAACUUCUACAAGAUUAUUGACUACCUGCUGGAAGACAAAGAGGAGAUUAAAGUCAUCCCCGGCCCUCCUGCUGACCACUGGGCUCUAGUCAGCGGACUCCCAGCAUAUGUAGCCGAGAAUGGAUUUAUCUGCAACAUGAUGAACGCUUCAGCAGAUGAGUAUUUUGCUUUUCAGAAAGAAGCGGUGGAUGAGACUGGAUGGAAGAUUAAGAAUGUCCUCUCCCUCCCUAUCGUCAACAAAAAGGAAGAAAUUGUCAGUGUUGCCACUUUCUUCAACAGAAAAGAUGGGAAACCAUUCGACGAGAAUGAUGAACAGAUUAUAGAAGCACUAACUCAGUUCCUUGGCUGGGCCACUCUGAAUAGCGACACAUACGACAAAGUGAACAGGACUGAGUGGAGCAAAGAUGUUUACCAGGAAAUGCUCAUGUACCACACAAAGGCCACACUGGAUGACGUGCAGACCAUCCUGAACACUCAAGACAGCUUUGGCUCUGUACCAGAAGACUGCGACCAGAAGGAAGUGUACAAACUGUUGAGAGCCAACAUCCCAGAGGCCAAGGCCGUGGAGCUGCACGAGUUCCGCUUCAGUGACUUCCUUUUGUCAGAGUUUGAGCUCAUCAAGUGUGGUAUCCGCUGCUUCUUUGAGCUGGGGGUGGUAGAGAAGUUCAAAGUCCCAGCUGAGAUCCUGACACGAUGGAUGUACACCGUUCGCAAUGGAUACCGUGACAUCACCUACCACAACUGGAGGCACGGCUUCAAUGUUGGACAAACCAUGUUCUCUCUGCUGCUAACAGGCAAACUGAAGAAGUAUUACUCGGAUCUCGAGGCCUUUGCAAUGGUUGCUGCUGGAUUCUGCCACGAUAUUGACCACCGAGGAACCAACAAUCUCUACCAGACAAAGAGUUUAUCCCCUCUGGCAAAACUGCACAGCUCCUCAAUCAUGGAGCGACAUCAUCUUGAGUACAGUAAGACACUGAUGGAGGAUGAGAACCUGAAUAUCUUCCAAAAUCUUCAGAAGCGUCAGUUUGAGACGGUGCAGCAUCUGUUUGAAGUUUGCAUCAUUGCCACUGAUCUCGCCCUCUACUUUAAGAAGAGAACAAUGUUCCAAAAAAUUGUGGACGCUAUGGAAGGGAUUCCAGAGGAGAAAGAGAAGAUCAACUACAUCUCCAACAAUCCAACUAGGAAGGAAAUUAUUAUGGCAAUGAUGAUGACAGCUUGUGACCUUUCAGCCAUUACAAAGCCAUGGGAGAUGCAGAGCAAGGUCGCUCUAAUGGUGGCAGCAGAAUUUUGGGAGCAGGGAGACCUCGAAAAGACAGUCCUUGAUCAGCAGCCUAUUCCGAUGAUGGACAGAAAUCAUGCUGAUGAGCUGCCAAAGAUGCAGUGUGGUUUCAUCGACUUUGUCUGCUCCUUUGUGUACAAGGAGUUUUCUCGCUUUCACACAGAGAUCACCCCCAUGUUUGAUGGGAUGAAUAUCAACAGGGGGGAGUGGAGAGCACUGGCAGACGUCCACGAGGCCAAGAUGAAAGCCAUUGAAGACCAGAAGAAAAUUCUGGAAGGUGGACAAGAUCAAGAUGGCGGGAAGUCAAAGACAUGUGUUAUCUGCUAGACCUCCAGGACUGACGGCAUUUAUGAAUGUUUGAAUGUUUGUCUGGAUGUGUGUUUGUGCAGCGUGUGAAUGUGCAUGAGCAUGUGUUCACAGAUGAAUUCUAACAUGCAAAAAUCACUGAAUUAUUGUUUUUAUAUACUGUUUAGUUCUUCUAUCCUCUCAUACAGAAAGCUAUUUUAAUUGUCACCUGUCUUACAGGGACAUACAGGUUGUAUUUGAUACUUUGAAAACAUAGAUUUAACUUUAUUCUUGUAUGGUAAAAUAAUUAAAAUUUUAUUAUUUAAGAAUUAUUAAGAAGAGUACAUAUGUGUAUUUUAUUUUUAACACUGAAUGCAUAAUCUUUGGCUUUUGACAUAAUUUGAAUAGAAAUAUUAGGCCACAAAUAUGUGGCUGUUUGAACUGUUAUAUCUGAAUAUUUUUAGAAUAGGUUCUACAAUAAAAUUAUCUUAUCUUGAUGAGAAAACCACAUUUACUAGUUGGGAGUUGUGCUUUAAAAAUUUCCAACAUAUGUCCCUGGCAAAUGGGUGAGAGAUGUAAGAAGAUUUGACUGAAUUGGAUUUAGUAAUAAGCCACCUUGAGCCCCUGGGCUUUCAUUUUUAAGUCCCCUGGUUACAUAAAGUAAAAAUACUGCUGCUCUGCUCAUAAGUCAGAGUACAUGUGGCAUUUCCAGGACACAAAGGUUUCAUGUGGACACUGUGUCAAAUCCACCAUGGACAGGAGAAAUUACAUUAUCUGAGUGAGAAACAACACAUUAAGAUAUGAUGUGAAGUGGAAAUGCUAUGGUUUAUUUUUCCAAAUCAGGUCUCGCAAAUUUCUCAAAACAGCUUGUGACAUGGGUAGCACAUAGCAGAACAAUGUCAGCUUUUAACUUUCUUCUCUGAUGCAUGAAGUGUUUGUUGUUGUUACAUAAAAACUUUGGCGAAUGUAAGAUUUUUUUUCAUGCUAUAUAGCAUUAAAUACAUAAUUAUAUGUGCAAUAGCAUCAUGUAUAAUACAUGAAA